AUGCCGAGUUCCUGUAAAGAUAUCCGCGCGGCAUUAGCCCAGUGCCUCCAGGAAUCAGACUGUGUAAUGGUCCACCGCAACAAGCCCUCCGACUGCCUCCGCCCCCCUCUAAUCGACACAAUGCCCACCAAAUGCCAGCAGUUAAAGAAAGGCUACGGAGAAUGCAAGCGCGGCAUGGUGGAUAUGCGAAAACGCUUUAGGGGCAAUCAACCGAUUGCUGUGAAUAAGGACCUGGACGCCGGGGAGCAGGCUCCAAGCCAUCAGCUGUAUGCGGGGAAGCCGGCUUUUAGCGACACGGUGAAGAAAACGAGUGGGAAUGAGCCAGUGGAAAGGGAUUGGAGAGAAGUGGAGAACGAGAAGUAUCGGAAAGGGGAGUGA